AAUCAGUCACGUGUCACGCUCAGGUUUGGAUAAAGCGCCGCUCAGGAAUACGAACGCCGAAGCGAGGCGUCCAUAAACCCGCUGUGAAUUAGUCUCCUCUUUUCAAAAUGAUUUUUUACGUUCAUACUUGAAUAUUCGAAGAGAAAAACAGCAGAAUAAAAAGAACAGCAUCCUUUGUCGUCGACAGACAUCGCGCUUAAGGAUUUUUCUGGUCUCAUUAUCAUCCGCUCGCCUUGAAACUCUAGAAUUCGGGAAUGGGAAAUGAUGGAGGAUAAAGCGCCCCGUGUCGCCGACUACUUUGUGGUCGCAGGCCUCACAGACUCGUCCAAGCUUUUGGAGGAGGACCUGCACUUUGAUGAUACCGCUCCAAAAUCCAUCAAACCCAAAGCGCCUAUAACCGACGUCGCCGUAGUGAUCCGCUCCCUAGGCGAAGAGGUACCCCCCGGCUUCACCUGUGUGGAAAGCACUCCCUCGGGCCUGUCGGCGGAGCUCAAUGGAGCAAGCCUCAGGGGGCCGCAGAUUUUCCUGUGCUUCAAACGAGGUCGAGAUAAGCCUCCACUGACAGAUCUUGGGGUUUUGUAUGAGUGGAAAGAAAAGCUGAAGCCAGGAUGUCACAUCGUCCAGACCACACCCUCAGGUCGCCCCGCCAACAUAAGCAGUUCGUCAUCUCAGCGUAUCUACAUCACGUACCGCCGCGCUCCAAAGAGCCAACCCCACACUUCGUUGGCUGUCACCGAUGUCUGCAUCAUCGUGCCUGGCAAGGGGGAGGUGCCUCCCCACACAUUUUGCAAGGUGGACAGGAACCUCAAUAGCAGCAUGUGGGGAUCAUCUGUUUACCUGUGUUAUAAGAAAUCUCUGGCAAAAUCAAACACUAUUGCAUGCAAAGCAGGUCUGCUGUGCAGGUACCCUGAAGAGGACUAUGAGUCCUUUCCACUGCCUGAAUCCGUGCCUAUGUUCUGUCUACCCAUGGGGGCAACGAUUGAGUGCUGGCCUGCGCACACCAAACACGCCCUUCCCGUUUUUUCCACAUUUGUCCUCACGGGAGCUUCAGGAGAAAAGGUGUAUGGAGCAGCGAUUCAAUUCUACGAGCCUUACUCAGAGGAGAACCUGUCUGAGCGUCAGCUGUCACAACUCGGCUUGCUUAGCUCUGAUCUUGGACCAGGCGGAACCAGGAGUGUUUACAGCAACAAAAGCAUCUGUCUCCUCUCCCACUGGCCAUUCUUUCAGUCAUUCAGGAGUUUCCUCACCUUUCUCUACCGUUACUCCAUUUCUGGACCGCACGCACUGCCGAUUGAAAAGCAUAUCUCUCACUUCAUGCAAAAUGUGCCAUUCCCUUCCACCCAGAGGCCACGCAUACUUGUACAGCUUUCUCCGCAUGACAGCCUGAUACUGAGCCAGCCUGUGUCCUCUCCACUGCCUCUCAGUGGUGGAAGUCUCUCCACAUUACUCUUGAAUCUGGGCCCAAAAAAUGCAGCCACACUGCUGGUGUUGGCCGUCACAGAGCACAAAAUUCUGGUUCAUUCCCUGCGGCCUGCUGUACUCACUAGUGUUACAGAGGCACUUGUGUCCAUGAUAUUCCCCUUUCACUGGCCAUGUCCGUACAUCCCUCUGUGCCCACUGGCUCUUGCGGGUGUACUCAGUGCCCCAUGUCCUUUCAUUGUGGGUGUGGAUUCUCGAUACUUUGACUUGUACGUGCCACCGGCUGACAUCAGCUGUGUGGACUUGGAUACCAACACCAUUUCCCAGAAAGAAGACAAGAAGGCUUUAACAUGGAAAAUAUUGCCCGGGAGAGCCUGCAAACAUCUUUUGAAUUCCCUCAAUAAACUCUAUCAGCAGCUCAAGGAGGGUGGUCACUUAAGCCACGAAGAUGUGCAGAUGGACCACGCAGUGGUUGACAGUGAGCUCAACGGUGGGAAGAGUCUCCAAACUCUGGAGCUGGAGAUUCAAGAAGCCUUUCUGCGCUUCAUGGCGGCCAUCCUCCGAGGUUAUCGCUCAUACUUGCAGCCCAUAACCCAGGCCCCCUCUGAAAAGACCACCGAUGUCAGCUCCCUUUUUGACAUUCAAGGCUUCUUGAAAAGCAGAGACCGCUCACAUCAGAGAUUUUACUCACUCAUGACCAAAACCCAAAUGUUCAGCCGCUUCAUUGAGGAAUGCUCCUUUGUCAGUGACAAAGAUGCAAGUCUGGCUUUCUUUGACGAGUGUGCUGAUAAGCUCUCCACAGUUGCCAAGAUUGAUAGUGAAAAGCCAGACGACGCCAGACUAAUCGAACUGGACGAAUCGCAUCGGAGUGAGCACACGGUUUACGUCAACCCUCCAGAGCUGCCUCUGCUGCCAGGAGGGGAAGAACAUCCUCUUUGCUACAGCUAUUCUGGGUUUCCAGUGCUAAACUCUGAACUUCUGAAACCACUUGAGGGACCAAAUCCUCCAUCAGGAGGCACAGCUUCACGUCACUGCAGCCCAGCCAGCCCGACAGCUAUCUUUCGACGUUCCAAACAGGAGAUUAAAUUCGCUCAGAGGAUGGCGCGAACUUAUUCGUCUAUGCCUCAGAUGUGGUCCAAGUGUCUGCUGCGUCACUGUUUUGGCCUCUGGUUCAUCUGCCUGCCUGGUUUUGUCGAUUCGUGUCCCUCUAAAGUGCGAGCACUACGCACAGCUUAUGAUGUGCUGAGGAGGAUGCAAGACAAGAAGCUGCAGGCUCCCGAUGAGGUGUGUUAUCGUGUAUUGCUGCAACUGUGUGGUCAGUACAGCCAGCCAGUCCUGGCAGUGAAGGUGUUGUUUGAGAUGAAGAAGGCUGGAAUUCAACCCAAUGCCAUCACCUAUGGUUACUACAACAAGGCUGUUUUGGAGAGCACAUGGCCGUCCACCACCAGAGGAGGCUUCUUUUUGUGGGGGAAGCUGAGAAAUGUGGUACUUGGUGUUGGACAAUUCAAGAAGGCAGGGAAAAAACAAACUCCGCAUCCUAACAGAGAAACACAAUUGUCAGACGGUAGCGAUCUUGACACAGUCAGCCACGGCAGUUUGGACAGCGCUAAUGACUCUGCCGAGCGCACCUCCAUCGAUACAGACUUCAAUAAGAUGGACUCCAGCGAUGAUGGAUUUAGCACAGGAGGCCAAUCAGACCAAGGCUACGAUUCCUUAUCCAAGGAAGAAAUGUGCUGCAGAGACAGUGAAAACUUUUCACUGUUGGAGGACAAAGGGACAAAGCUUCAGAGUCAUUCUGACAGCCUGGUUUCCAGUCCAUCGUUCAGUGACACCAUGCUAUGUGGACCUCAGGCCCAAAAUGAGCGACCAAAGUCUCUGGACCUGUCAGUCGGAUCGGGAGCACCAACGAUCACCGUCCCUCAGGUCAGCUCUGACAACCAGCAUAGACUUAUUGCUGACAAUAUGAGUGGGCAGGAGGACAACGAGAGAGAGCCUGACAGAGAAAUGAGCUGCAGUGGUGGGACAGUGGGUCGAACUAAUAUUGAGGCAGGCUUUGACCCACUGUCACUAAUGGCCAUGGCAGAAGACCACAGUCAAGGAAGUGGAAGCACUCCAACUGCUCGUCGUGAGCUAGCCGAGGAGAUUGAAAUGUACAUGAACAAUACAAACAGCCCUAUAAGGAGCUGCAAACCAAAUGUGGAGACGCAGAAUUUACCGAGUCCCUCUUCACAGCCCACCCGACCUCACCGGCUGCUCCGGUCCAACACCAACCUCCCGUUACCGGUCAAAUCUAGAGAGCGGCUUAGGACAUCGCCCUCUCUCCCUCACGGCAUGUGUAACAAAGGCAGGGAGAGGCCAUCCUCCUUGGUGUUGCCCUCAUCCCCGAGUCCCUCCGCCUCCUCCUUCUCCAUGGAUUCCCUUUUUACACCUAGCCUAGACAGCUUCAGGAGCAGCGUCCUCUUAGCGGGGAAGGGUGUUGCUGAAAAAGCUAGUCGCCUCUACUCCCGCCUGUCCUCUCAAACCUCAUUAACGCAGGACUCAAACUGCGAUCGUGUCAGUAUUUCGUCGCUCACCUCGGGAGAAGCCGACUGCUCCUCACUUCUCGAUAAUGACUCCUGUCUAGACGUGGAUGGAUUCAUGUCGCCGCAGCACGCCGGCACGGCGCGACUCAGGAGGAGUCCUGUAGCGGGCCACGCCCACCUGAGUGGCCCCAGUUCCCCCGACAGGGUCUUUCGACACAACUCGUUCUCGGGAGGCUUGACAGUUCCUUCUCGAAGUCAUCACACUCCAGAUUCCUCCCCUGACAUAAACCGCUUCAAGCCUUCUCCAAGUUACACCAUAGAGGUGAUGAUGUCCAGCUGCUCCCUUUGCAAGACGUGUGACUCUCUUGUAUACGAUGAGGAGAUCAUGGCUGGCUGGACAGCCAACGACUCCAACCUCAAUAGCACAUGUCCAUUCUGCGGCUCAGCCUUCCUGCCUUUCCUCAACGUGGAGGUCAAAGAUCUGAGACCUCCCUGCAGAUCUCCCCAGGACUCAACUCCCGUUACCGAAGGUGGCUUAUCUACGUCACUCAAGCCCGAAGCCAAAAUGUCUGAGCCAUACUCGAUUACCCCACGGAAUGCUGGGAUUUCUGCACCAGUGACAGUGCCGUACUUGAGCCCUCUGGUUCUUUGGAAGGAACUAGAAAGCCUGCUGGUGAAUGAAGGCGACCAGGCCAUUUACUUGCCAGGAGUUGUGGACCAGCACCCCAUUGUCUUCUGGAACCUUGUGUGGUUCUUUAGGAGGCUCGAGCUUCCUAGUCAUCUUACCGCUCUCAUCCUGGCCUCCCAACACUGUCGCCGUGGCGAUCAGACUAUUUCUGGAGUUUCCUCUGAGGACAGUAAGCAGGUGCUGGUGAGGAUAAUGUGGGACAAUCUGAAGUUGCACCAAGACAAAGUCAACCCUUGUUAUGUCCUCUGGAACACACAUUGCGCAAACUCUCUGGUUCGCUCCGGACUGUGUGAGGAAGGCCAGCUUUUUACUGUGGAACUCCUUCAAAGUUUGGUGAGGAGCAUCAAAAAGAGUGAUAUAUAUCAGCCCAUGAGCCAAAUCAUUCAGCUUCUGGGGCCUGAGCUGGGUUUUAAAAGACAGAGGAGCUUGUACAGAGAUUUAUUAUUCCUCACUUUGGUGUCUUUGGGCAAGAAUAACAUCAACAUCAAUGCAUUUGACCGGGAGUACAAACUGGCCUAUGACCGCCUCACCCCCAGUCAGGUCAAACUGACACACAACUGUGACCGCCCCCCUGGAGCAGGGGUCAUGGAGUGCAGGAAAACUUUUGGGGAGCCCAGUCUGUGAAUGGGACAUCAUAUGUUUUUCAAGGAGUGGGGGGCUUAAGUUUCAGGACCAGCUCGCCUGAGCGCUUGCUAAGCACAACAGGAAUAUGACUCCUGAUGCAAAUACAACUGCCAUGAGGACAUCUAUUAACUGUUCAGCACUGGGAGGUGCCGAGCAGUGAGACACAAUGGAAAAAUUCCAUCGUAUUUUCACUAAAUUGACCAGUCAACUUUUUAGCAACACUUACUUCACAAUUAUGUGUAUCCUAACAUUGACUACGGUCCUGGUGACCCAAGAUGAGAUUUUGAGUGUAAAGAACAAACUGUUGUUGUUUUUUUAGCACUUUGACAAGCAUAGCAUUGGCCCAGCACCCAAAGAGUUGUUGGUUUGACUGGGCAACUUAAAAGGAAACUAAACCGAAGAUUUGUUAACUUUCUGCUAUAUUUUAAGUGUGCACAGUAUAUUGGUUACUUGAUGUGUAUCGCCGUCAGUUGCACUGAGACAAUGAUUUAUGAUUUUUUUUUCUCCCUCAUUUGAGCGCUCUGGAAACAAGUAAGCCGUUCACUGGCACUUUGUCGUCUGAGGUUGAUGACUAUUUUGUCAUGUUGAUUAUUUAUCCAGUUUUAACUCUUGCUCCACAAACAAUAUUAAUGAAAGUGCUGUGUUUGGAUUAGCUCUGGAACAUUCAAUGUAUUUUUUAAUGCAUGUCUACCGCAUACAGCUUUACCAAAAGCAAAUACUGUACUUUCCUCUUCAUUGUGUUCACUCUUUAAGACACUAAAUACAUGGUAAUUAUGAAAAAAAAAAAUACAAUAUUAAAUUCAAUUUUUCUAUAUAAAGAAGGGAGCACUAAAUUCAUUUAUAUGCACAAUUUUUAUUCAUGGAUUGCUUUUUUUGCUUUCUUUUUUACAAUGUACCAAAAUAACCCACAAUUUAUGCUUUAGUUACUGAUUUUGAAGCAAUACCUUUUUUAAAAGAGAUUUGUUUUGUAAGGAUGUGUUGUACGGGACCACCAAGGAUACAUUCCCUUCGUAUAGUACAAUCAAAGUAUGUGAUAACUGAAAAAAAAUCUAUAAUUUUUCAGUUGUUUUAAUCACAACUUUUUUUUUUUUUUUGUCGCAGUAUUGGCGAAAUAAAAGUAAAUGUACCUAAUUUCAUGUAUUUUGUAGAUUUCAUAUCACGGUUAAAAAAAAAAAAAAAACUGUCAUUAAACAUUCACGGCCACUGACUGUGUCUAUUGCCGUCAAUGGCGUUGAAUGAGCUAAAGAUGAAGGUAAUAAAUAUUUUCUUGCACAAAGUAAAUUUUUCUGUGCAAGGCUUAAAGUUUGAAACAAUAACAGUGCCGUGCUUGAUGCCACAUAACUUCCUAGAGUCACUGUGUUCCAAUAGAAGCUGACAAACUUCUCUUUGUACUGUGAUGCGCUUUCAUUCACAUCCAUGCUGUGAUCUUUCUUGGAAUCAACCCUGUUUCAAAGCGUGUACAUUAGCCUUCUCUGCUUUUAAAACUCACCAUUUGAUGUCUAAACAAUGUGUCAGGGCUGACUUUAUUUUUGCCAUUGACCAUUUUUAAGAUGGACACUAAUUUAUAUGAAACUAUGUAUAAAGUAGUGGAUCUGUUACUUGUGUUUCUUAAUAAAACACACUUAUUAAACACAUUUAUCCUAUUGAUAUCUGAUUUUCGGUCCUUAGCCUCCUGCACGCACCAGUAAAGUUCAGUAAUAUUGUAUUUGCACCACAGUCACUGAUGCGAACUGUUAGAUGGAAACAGGACAGACGAUGACGCGAUCCUCCAGCAUGACGCUGAUCACCAGGAAGAUGAAAUAGAGUAGGAACAUGGUGAAACCCAGUGCUUUGUUCAUCUUCCACUUGCACGACGCGAUGGAAAUGAUGACAAACAGGAGCAU